AAGCUAAGAGGAAAUACCUACUCUAGUUUAUUGGUCUCUGAUACCUACAUGGGGACAGGCUUGUGAAUUGUGAUUGUUCUGAGGACAGCGAACUAUGACGCAGCUGUCACACUACAGCUGAUACCUGAGUGUGCCUGAGGCCUUUGAAUCUCAGCUCAGAAUACGUCGCGUCGCCUACUAGACUAGACAGUAGAUAGUAGGCUUAGUGUCAUUGCAGCGCACUGCUCCGUCUAGACAUUAAUUUUUCGAAGCUUAUUUGGUUUAGUGUCAUUGAGGCUGUGAUUGAGGCGCGCCACUCAAGUCUCAACUUCCAGCGUAGGUAGUGUUAUAUUCUCAGAGUUAUAUUCAAUAAUAAAUCGGUGACUUCUCGUAGUGGUCUCGAAAUGGAUUUGACUAUCAGAGCAUGCAGAAUAUGCCUUAACACUGACGUAAAAAUGUUCUUUAUUGAUAAUUUCUUGGAAAAUGACAUUCAAACCAUUUGGGGGAGUAAUGAUACUUCUAAAAUGCCCCUUCUUAAAUACAUGUGUUAUGAGUGCAUGUUCCUGUUGGCGAAAUUUGUAAAGUUUAGAAAAAAAUACAUUACAGCACAAUCUGUUCUUUUGAAUAUGAUAAAAACAUAUAAUAAGGUAACAGAACAAGACAUAAGGAAAAUCACAUUAAAAUCUGAUUUGUGCCAUCACAAAUUGCCUCCAAUAUCUAUCACAGAAGAGGUGUACAUGACCCUCGAGAUGACAGUUGAUGAAGAGACCGCAUUUGAAGUCAAACCUGUAUUGGAAAUUAAACCAGAUGUAGAAGAGAUUAAAGUUGAUAGUGAAGAAAUGGAACUUGAUGAAUGUGGAAUAAUUAAUGAUGUGAUCAAUGUGGGAGACCAGUGGGGUGUUGAUGAUGUGCCUUUAGAAAACCCCUUAGCAGAUAAUAAUAGUAAUACAUGUAAGAAUGGGAAGCCUGAAAAGAAGAAAUAUGUGAGGCAAAAAACGAAAAAGGAUAAUAUUCCUGAAAGAAAAUCUAGUCACAUUAAUAAACAACAAAAAGCUGCCUCUACAGAUUUCACUAAUAGUAAUGGAUGUAUAAAUGGGAAGCCUGAAAAGAAGAAAUAUGUGAGGAAAAAGAAGUCAAAGGACGAUACUCCCAAAGUGGAAUCUAAUAAGAUUACAAAACAGCAGAGUGACUGUAAAGAUUAUACUGUAAUACAACUUUCGUUGGCAGAGCAGUUGGCUGAUCUGGAGAAGAGGAAAGAGACCUGCAACUACAAGGAUGCGUUGUUCAAGUGCGAAUUUUGUUACAAAGGAUUCCUACUAGAAGGGACAUACAGAAACCACGCAAUUAAACAUGAUGUGAGUUCCGGUGACCUGGUGUGUGCGGUGUGCAAGUUUCGAUUCACGAAGCAGUCCAAGCUCACUCAUCACGCGGCGAUACACGCGUUUAGAUACGCUUGCAACAAGUGUGACGUCAUCACUUCCGCGAGUGACCAAAUGAAGAAACACAUUCAGUGGCACGACGGCGUUUUGUACAAGUGUCAGUAUUGCGACGAAGUGUUAACUAAGAAGACGUCGUUCCUGUCCCACCUGCGCAUCAAGCACCCGUCGCAGUUCGUGUGCGACGCGUGCGGCUACUCCUACAUCAGCGCGCUCGGACUCAAGCAGCACAAGAGCAGGAUGCACAAACACCUCGCGACACAGAAGGAAAAAGAAGACCCAAAAAAAGUGAAAGCUGAGAAGGAAGAGUCGAGUAUGUACUGCGAGGAGUGCGACAUGACGUUCCUGAGCGAGGAGGCUUGGAAGAGGCACACCGUCACCUCCGCCAAGCACCGCGAGCAGAUUGGACUGGCGUGUCGCGACUGCGGCUCGUGCUUCCCGUCGGAGAGCGCGCUCCGCGCACACUCGCGCUCGCACGACCGCGCGCGCCGCCUCGCGCGACACCGCGUCACCAUCCGCCGCCUGCUCCGCCGCCACGGCUACCCGCGACCCUGUGAACACUGUCCAGAGAUAUUGACGACCCGCUUGCGCCAUUGGAAGCACUACCAGCGCUGUCACAGGGACAAGAAGUACCCGCUCGGGAACAAAAAGUUCAUCUGCGAGUACUGCGGGAAGAGUUUUCAGACGAACUCGCACCUGCGCGGGCACACGCGCGCGUCGUGCGUCGCACUCGCUGUGUCGGCGCCGCUCGCCUGCGAACACUGCCGGCAAACCCUGCCCACGCGCCUCGACCUGCAGGAACACAUCCUAAAAGAACAUAAAGAUGUGCCUUCGUUCCCCUGCAAGUACUGCGGCAAAGUGUUCUGGCGCGCAACAAAUGUGUCUCAACAUGCCGUCCGGUGCAAAGCUGCUCGGAAGAAGGCGGCCACUUGACUUCUCUAGUGAUAAAUAUACAAUAUUCUUGAUA